CAUUUUUGCGCCAAGUUUUCUAGAUUUCUUGCUUGGAAAUCGAGAAAAAAAUUAAUUUCUUUAAAACCAAGUUUUAUUUACAGUUCUGUCCAUACUGGUAGAAUAGUCCAGGAUACUGUUCGUCGAUUUCAUCAAAGAAAGAAGUUGAAAUUAUAUUUUUUGACCAUUAUAAUCGUCCUGGAAGUUGCCCUAGCGAAGACAUUUUCGUUCUGUGUCGAUGAAAGAAUGAAUUUUCUCGAGUGACAGAUCGAAAAUUAUAAAUUUGGAAGUUUUUAUGGGCUAAAUAAUAUUCCAAAUCAAUAAUGGCAACGGUGGAGUAUGAUUUGGAUCAUAGUGGAGGCCUUAUGGAGCAAAUUCAAAGCCUCGUAGCUCCCCCGAUCAGCGAUGAUGGUGGAAGACGACGGCGUAGACGAGAUAGAGCAAGAGAACACAGACGGCAUGGACGAGCAGUGAAUCAUGAUUGUUGUGACAGUUGCAAAGAAGGAGGCGAUUUAUUGUGCUGUGAUCGCUGUCCAGCAGCAUUUCACCUUCAGUGCCAUGAUCCACCAUUAGAUGAAGAUGAUCUGCCACCUGGUGAGUGGUUAUGUCACAGAUGCCGUGUUACACCAGAGACUAAAGAUGAUGAAACUGCCUCAAAUUGUUCAACAACAUCCUCAAAAUCAUCCAAAUCAUCCACCAAAAAUCGUUUAAAACGUCAAUUAUCCGAUGAAGAGAAAGACAGACCUAUAUUUACAGAGUUGGAACAUCCAUUGAUUUCAUUGGCUAAAGCUGCUAAAUUAAUGAAUCCUAUUCAGUUUGAUUUACCAAAAGACAUAGCUUGUACCAUACCUUUACCAGGUUCAAGUAAAAGAAGAGUGCCGACAAGAGGUCCACAGAAAAAAGCUCCACAUGAAUUAGAUAAUGGAAUGGUUCCAUUACCUGCCAAGUUAUGUUUUACCUGUAGUAGGAGUUGUCGUGUAGCUCCCUUACUUCAGUGUGAUUUUUGUCCGCUCUUAUUUCACAUGGAUUGUUUACAUCCACCUAUGACAUCAUACCCAUCUGGUCGGUGGAUGUGUCCGAAUCAUAUAGAAAAUAUAACUGAUGAGAAGUUAUUAAAGUCAGUAAGUUUGGUAGAAAGAAUCAAACUAUGGGAUAAAUACUCCGGUCACGUCGAUCAACAUACGGUCAAAGUUAAAUUCUUACAGAAAACACAUCAAAAACAUCCUCUCUUUCGAAUCAAACAUCAGCAUCCAUUACGUAAAACCAUAACAGUACCUCAGUCAAUAAAAGAUCACUACAACAAUCCUCCACCUCUUCUUCCUACCCCUCGUGGUAUAACAGAGCCAAAUCCAGAUCCCUCCCACCCCCCGAUACCAUCAACUACUGAAGGGAUACAGGCAGCUACGCUAGAAGAACAAGAAGAGUGGUUAUCAGGAGUCGUAUCAUUACAGACUAGUAUUGCCAAAUUAUUAGCACAAAAACAAUUACAGAAAUCUGGUGAUAGCAUGAAAACAUCUGACACACCUUUAUCAAAACCUACAGCAUCUGUGGCCCCAGUCGUACAAAAAGACUCGGAAACAAGCGAUCCUUUAUUCAACUCGAAAUCGUCAGACUUUACAGAUUGUGAGCGUAUUUUAUUAAACGGUGCAACACAGUGUUUAACGGGAGGACAGGAUAGUUUAUUCAAUGGACCUUUUGGAGCUGUGUCGUUAUUAAAUAAUUCUAGUUCUGUAAAUGGUGAUAUUGAAAUGUCGUCUGCUAGUCCCCGAACUUCUAAUAAAACGGAUCCUGUGCUUAUAAGAACUCGGAGUAAUAGUGCCGAUUCUCCACAGACUUUUGGUAAGGUCGCUAGUUCGAGCGAUAGACCCACAUCUUCUAGUGCUUUAACAAUACCAGGCCCUCAAGGUAAAAACAUUUUAAUAAGUGCUGUUAAAAACAACAAUACCGUUAUGACUAAAGUUGUGCAAAAUACUGGACAAGGUAAAGUUGUUUUACCCCCAAAUUUUACAUCAAAAAACAUUAGUGGUAGUAAUCCAACGUCUAUAUUAUCACCACGGGGACAAUCUGUUAUAAAAAUACCUCAUCCCGGAGGUGGACGCGUUGCUUCAACAGGUUCAUCAGGCAACUCGUCUCCUAAAGUCAUCACUGUUAGUGCUUCAUCAUUAGGGAGUAAGACGAGUAGUGGGAACAGCAAUAGUACAAGAACGAUCAGUGGUACAACAGGCAGCUUAAACUCUCAACCCACGAUAAUUAAUUUAAAUAAUAAUUUACAACAAUGUAUUGAUAGUAACUCAGAAUUUGAAUUAAGUAAAAUAGAUGAGAAGUUAGUACAGAUUUUAGCAUGGCAAAGAUUACAGCAACUUCUUGCACCUAAAUCACCUCCACAACCUCUAAAUAAAAAAGGCGUUUUAAACAAUAUACUCACGAAUACAGGUAAAUAUAACUUCUUGUUAGGUAUAUAA